GUUGUGGUUGUCUUUACACUUAGGCACUUCCACCCGCACUUCAACAUGAAGGCGCUGAGCCCAGUGCGUGGAUGCUACGAGGCGGUGUGCUGUUUGUCGGAACGUAGUCUGGCCAUCGCGCGGGGCCGCGGCAAGAGCCCAGCAGCCGAGGAGCCGCUGAGCCUUCUGGACGACAUGAACCACUGCUACUCGCGCCUGAGGGAGCUGGUGCCCGGAGUCCCGCGGGGCACUCAGCUUAGCCAGGUGGAAAUCCUGCAGCGCGUCAUCGACUACAUCCUCGACCUGCAGGUGGUCCUGGCGGAACCUGCCCCUGGACCCCCAGACGGACCGCAUCUCCCCAUUCAGACCGCUGAGCUUGCUCCGGAGCUUGUGAUUUCCAGCGACAAGAGGAGCUUCUGCCACUGACCCGGCUGUCUUGGCACCUCCAGAACGCAGGUGCUGGCGCCCGUUCCGCCUGGGACCCUCUCCGGCCGGAAGCCCGAGGGCAUGGAUGAGCCCCAACCUCACCCUGCCCACUUUACUUCCCCAAACCUCUUGCCUCGAGGCUGGACCUGGCGCCCGGGAGCGAAGGACUGUGAACUUGGGUGGCCUGAAGAGCCAGAGCUAGCGCUGGUCACCAGCUGGGCAGCGUCACCCUUCCCCCACCCCCAAGUUUUUUAAAGACUGUCUUUUCAGAAAGAAUGGGGGGGCUGGCGGCGGGGGAGUGGCUAUUCUGCCAUCUCUGCCAAGGCGGCGUUAGAGCUGGUCUUCUGGUCUCCUUGGAGAAAGGCUCUGUUGCCCUGAUUUUAUGAACUCUAUAAUAGAGUAUAUAGCUUUUGUACCUUUUUUACAGGAAGGUGACUUUCUGUAAUCAUGUGAUGUAUAUUAAACUUUUUAUAAAAGUUAACAUUUUGCAUAAU